AAAAAUCAAAUGUCAUUAGUUGGUUCAGGCACCUUAAUGAUUAAACCUCUCAAAGCUAAAUUAACUCAUGAUACUGAGUUCCUAGGUAAAAUGGAUCCAUACUGCAAAGUCAUUAUUGGCAAUCAAACCUAAAGAACAAGAGAACACACAGAUGCAGGUACAAGUAUUUUUAAAAAUAGGUAAGCAUCCAACUUGGAAUCAAUCAUUAAGUUUUAGGCGUACAAAUGAAUAUUUAGCUGAAAUUUAGGUCUGGGACUCAGAUGAAGUAAGUAAAGAUGAUUUAGUUGGAGAAACUUCAAUAGCUCUACAAAAAUAUUUAGUUGAUACUCCUAUACCAGCAGAAUGGAUAAAUUUAAGCUACAAAGUAAUUAAAUAAUAAUUAAAAUAAUAGGGAAAGCCAGCCGGAUAAAUCUACAUAGCAUUUGAAUGGUUUUCAGAUUCAAAAUAUUAAUAACAACCUUAAAUUCCUACAAAUCCAUAAUAUUAUCAAUAAAAUAACGUGAUACCAAUGAAACCUCCAGGAGCUCCUUACUAUUAAUAACCAUACAAUCAAUCAAUUCCAUAUCAAUAACCUCCAAAUUAUCCACCAUAAUAACCAUAAUAUCCACAGUCUCCGCCUUAUGUAUAACCAGGAUUCUAAGGAACUUUAGGAUAUCCAUAAAACCCUCAAUAAGGUUACGCUCCUACAUAUCCUGCUAAUCAAUAGCCUGGCUAUUAAGCCAAUCCACCUUAAGGAUAUCCACCGAAUCAACCACCUCCUAAUUAUCCACCGAAUCAACCACCUCCUAAUUAUCCACCAAAUCAACCCCCUCCUAAUUAUCCUCCAAAUCAACCACCACCAAAUUAUCCUCCGAACCAACCCCCUCCUAAUUAUCCAUAAAAUCAGCCACCACCUAAUUAUCCCCAAAAUCAACCACCCCCUAAUUAUCCUUAAAAUCAACCACCACCUAAUUAUCCAGCAAAUCAACCUCCUCCUAACUAACCGCCACCUAAUUAAUAAGGCAUACCAAAUUAUGCCUAAACUAUUUAAAAUAAUAAUCCUCAUUAAAAUUAAUAGCCUUAUCCUAAUAAUCAAUAAACUAAUAAUUAUUUAGGUGCUUAACCUUAAAAUUAUCCUAAUAAUUAACCAUAAUAUCCAAAUAAUUAAAUGCCACCUAAUCAAUAAACAUAAACAUUACCAUAAAAUCAAGCUUAUCCUAAUUAACCUGGAAUGAAUUAACAACCUUAUCCUAAUGUUCCUCCUAGUUAAUAACCUCCUCCUUAACCAAAUUAUGUUCCCCCUUCAUAAUAAUAACCCCCUGCAUUCUAUCCUGGUUAAACAUUACCUUAAAAUCUCAAUUACCCUAAUUAGACAUUGCCAUAGAAUUUUGAUCCAUAUAAGAUUCCAAACCCUAUGGGUAAUUGAUAUAAUUCUUAAUUAUUAUUAAAAAAUAAAUAACUG